AUGGAGAUAAAAGCUCCGAAGGACAAAGUCAUACAACUCGAUCAAGACGAGUUUGCUUACGUAGAUGCUGACAAGGGAAGAGUCACACAAUAUUGUGCUGGCUCUGAUGACGACAAAAUACCAGCUACAGAAAACUUGUAUGUAUUACCCUACUCAGGCAGUCGCAUUUCCACCCCCAACGGAAUCUCAUCCACGCGACCAGGAAUGAAGAUCUUUUUGGACGGAACAGUUGUCCGCUCAGAAGAAGAAGAAAUUGAAGUCUCCGUACUGAACUCCAAAACAACCAAAGAUUCGAUUGUUGUGGAAUCCGGUGCAAAGGUUGGAUACAAGCUGGGAAAUUUUCAUCACAACAACAAGAAAAUGGGUGUUGAAUGGUUCAUGAUGUUGUCACGGGAGGAUGAAGCUGCACGUGACGUGAAUUUGAGCCUCACGCAGCCCGUAUACGAACCCGGGGAACUGAGACCCACAAGUGCGAACCCGGGUGACGUGUUGGGUCACUCGAUGCCCGGGAUCUCAUUCGCACUCAUCGCGGCUUACCACGCAUGGGUCGUGAUCCAUCGUUACGUGAAACACCAGUACUUUGGUACUGAAUUCGUCGGUACUAUGGACGGCAUGGCAGUUCCGUUCACGAGGAAAUCCUCGCGACUAACGAUGACAUCCGUGUUCGCUGUUCCGGUACACAUCAAUCUCAUUUACUUCGGACUUGCUGGGAUCCUCUCGAAUAUAGCUUUGGUUGCCUGUCCCCAAAGCAUCUUGUUGGCCAUGUCAUCAGCACUCUUCAUCUUCCUGCUGGGCACUUGGUGGGCCAGCAUGGCUGUCAUUCUCAAAGUGCUGCCAGUCAUUUUGCCAGGCUACAAGGACAAGAUGUUCCACGAGAAAUUCAUGAUGGUCAUUUCCGUGGUCUCCUUCGAGCUGACAGUUGCCAUGACACUUCUCAUUCUGCUCUAUGUCCUGGUACACAUCAAUCUCAUUUACUUCGGACUUGCUGGGAUCCUCUCGAAUAUAGCUUUGGUUGCCUGUCCCCAAAGCAUCUUGUUGGCCAUGUCAUCAGCACUCUUCAUCUUCCUGCUGGGCACUUGGUGGGCCAGCAUGGCUGUCAUUCUCAAAGUGCUGCCAGUCAUUUUGCCAGGCUACAAGGACAAGAUGUUCCACGAGAAAUUCAUGAUGGUCAUUUCCGUGGUCUCCUUCGAGCUGACAGUUGCCAUGACACUUCUCAUUCUGCUCUAUGUCCUGGUGUGUUUCCGAGUGCGAUGCCUUGGGAGGAAGAACUCACCAGAGUACAGGAUCAAAACUGGGUUUGAGCUGAUGAUGGAAGCAAGGCUGGAGGAUGAGAAGGAUGAUAGGCUGUGUUAAUUUGAAUGUCUGCUUGUAUAUAUACUGUGGGACCCCCAGAUGUGGACAUAAUUGGUGCAUGGACCUUGUACCUGAAUUGGAAAGUCCUGUUGGGAAUAAAUCCCAUCAAAGAAAAGGUUUGAAUUUAGAUUGAAAUUUUAGAAAGGAAAUUCGAAAUGAAACAUGAUAAUUUGGUCGGGCUACGACCAGGGUGCUAAACACCCUAUUUUAAGGUUGGUAUAAUUUGAAAAACACAGUAAAGGCUCAGAGAAUCUUGGAGAACGUUCUCACACAAAGGUUUGAUUUGGACUGUAAUAAAAUAGACAAGUUUGGAAAUCGAGAAAAACUGUCCUUCAAGGACAAAAAACAGCAACAGGAACUUGGUAAUAAAAUACAGCCUUGGAGGCUGCCAAACAUCUGUGGGAACCAAGGUCUUCCAAGAUUCCCACACAGAUAAAAUGAAAGACUAAAUUUGCUGGGGAAUUUGGGUUCUCUAAAGCUAGCGUAUCAAAUUUAAUAUACCCAUUGAAAUAUUUGCGACAAGUCCACCUGUUUCCCAAAGACUUCAUUGUAAAUUUUUCUCAUUGGUUCUCCUUUAGACAAAUAGUUCUCAAAAAAUCCUUCAGAAAAUUGAACUAAAUAUUCUUUUCAAGAUGAAGCAGAAAAUAAAUGCGCAGAAGAGAACCAAGCUGAAUCUCAUCUUUUAACACCAGAAGAAGCUCAAGAAACAAAGGACAAGAAAAAAAAUUUGCUUUACUUAGCACACAUCAUAGAAAAAACCUGAAAAAAGAAGCCCAAAGUUAGCCUUUUUAAAUUAUAAAUUGGACUAAUUUUUUAAUAAACUUUAUGCUCAAUAUUUUUCAAAAUAAAUAAGUCAAUUUCUUUAAGAAAUGCGAAAUUUGGGGAAACAUUUUUAAAAUCUUGGAAAAGUGCUCAUCAUAUCUUAAGUCACUCUUUCUGGAUGUUGGGGCAGAGUUUUCCAAUUGCCAGUGUCCCUAAGUCAAAUCAUCUGCAUGUUGAUGUGUCUAUAUUUCAGGGUCCCACUGUAUUCCAUAUGGAUAUAUAUGCGCAUCUCAAAGUUAGGGAUUGUAUUGUACCUCCUUUGUUGCUUUAUUGUACUGUAUAAACCAUCAUUCAUUGGAUUAUUUAUGACAGAGAAUACUGACAAGGUGAUUGUUGAUGUGAUGGAGAAAUUGGCAGUUCUGUGCCAUGAGCUUUGGAAUAAAGAGAACCAUAUAUAUGG